UGGACGUGAGGGAGGAAUUAGGGGAAAGCAGAGCAAGGGGCAAAGGAAAAACACUUCAGUACAGUGUGAGGAUCAAAGUGCACAAGGGACGCUUGUGCCAGCCUAAAACAACCUUCUCGGAAUUCAGGACUGGGGAAAUUUGGCCAAGUCAUCACAUCUGGCUGCUGCCAGGGAACCGCAGCCCUCCCAGUGGCCCAGGACCAGUCUCCAGCUCCACACAGAGCAGUUCCUCACGUGACAGUCACCGCAGGAGCCGCAGUUCCAUGGAUCAAACACAGAGGAGAAUCCUGGGCCAUCCCGUUUCCGUCCCUACAUCCCAGCCCAAGAAGAAAAGGACAUCGAUGAUAUCUUUCUUUUUCAAGGUGUCUUGGAAACUGAGGUCUCAGAAGCGGGAGCCUUCGAAGAGUGUGUUUUCAAUCUUGGCAGAAAGAGCCCGGGACCCCAAUGCUAAAAAGCGCCACAUGGCAAUGAGAAUCCUGGGAACCAUGGCCUGUGAAGCCCCCGACAAGGUGAGGAAGUAUAAGAAAGUUGUCCUGGACCUGCUGGUGCAUGGAUUGUGUGACCCCAUGAGUUCUGAAGUCAUCCACGAGAGUAUGAAGACUCUGACCAUCAUCCUGGGAAAGAUCCAGGGGAAAAGUCUGGGCUCUUUCUUCAUAGACAUCACCCUUCAGACCAGGACUUUAUUAGAUGAUGAGAACGACGGUCUGAGAUACUUGGCCUUUGUUUUGUUUGGGCAAUUGGCUGCCUUUGCUGGACGGAAAUGGAAGAAAUUUUUCACCCGUCAGGUUAAGCAGACGCAAGAGUCUUUUCUGAUCCACUUACAGGAUAGAAAUCCCCAAGUUGCCAAGGCUUGCAAAACAGCUUUUCGAGCCUGUUCUCCUUAUCUGAAGCUAAGGAAGGAACACAGCUUCCAGAGUGAAGAAGAUCAAAGAAACCCUAAACUCUGCCGGCAGCUGAGCCACUAUCAUCCAGAGCUUCUGCAGUUCUUCUACGCAAAUAAAAUUCUGUGAGCACAGAGCAGCAGGCAGAUGGUCCCACAUGAGCACGUUGCUGGGGGACUCGUGUUCCCCUGUUUGUUCUCAUUGAAUGUCUCUUUUGCUUGCCUCUUGUGAUUUUAAUAAAAAGAGGAUGUUAGGAGAGCAAUUGAUGGCAGAAAUAA